GACAGUAUUAUCAUUAUAGUCAGAUAUUAGGAGAUGUACAUGCGAUGCAAAAACAGUUUUGCUAAUUUGCACAGAAAAUGGGCAAAUUGGCACAGAAGUUAGAAAAGAUGUGGUAUUUGAGGAUGAUCAGUCAAUCGUUUUCCGAGAGUGACAAAUUGACUGGCGGCAGACAAUGUUGGUAAGGUUGAUGGACAAUGACUUGUCUCAACUAGGCCGAAAUGCGAAUCUUGUACAGUGCGCCAGUCAUUGUAUGAGACCUAUACAAUGCUGAGAAUGAACUAUAAAAACCAUCAGCAUCUCAUCUAUCGUCAGCAUCGGAACUCAAAAAGCAAUCUUCACGCUCGCAAUGCGAGCCUUCCCAUACACAUACAAGAACCUUCCUCCUGACCCACCACGGAGCCCCGGCUCUUCCCCACGUCACACCAGACUUCAGCUAGCAUGAUCUUCAUUUCGACCGCCCCAGAAGAGCUCAAUGACCUCUUGAAGCCCUUCGAUCUUACACCCGAAGGCCUCAACCUCGAGUUCGAGGGCGUAUCACUGACACUUGACGGAGAAUGGGCCAAUCCUUACGAGGCCGGCCGCCUACUCUUCACAGCCGAGUUACUAGCUUACACUAUCAUUUCCCGCUUCUCGCAGGGGAUGAGCAUCUUCAAAGUCGAGGAGGAAGCGCGAAAUUUCCUGGAAGCGCGGCUGAAUGAUGGCACGAUCUCCGAAGAAGCUUGCUUCAACCUCAAUCCCGAAGAGAUAUGCUUGAGCAUCGGCGCCCUCACGGGGGAUGCCAGGGACGGAGAUCCUAUCUUGGAGGGUUGGACGCGGGAGGAUGAAUACUGGGUUGUCGAGCGCAUCGUAAUCGCAGCGCUGAAGAUUGUCGCGGUGGAGACACUGCCAUUCAUCGAUGGAGAGGGGACCGGGGCACUAGAGAAAUGGGAUGACGAUGAUGUCGAAGAAUUCGAGCGCGGGUAUCGCGAUGGCGAUAACCCGCCCGAGGAAGAGCUCCCGCCCAUAACCCUCGAAGCGGUGGGCGAGAAGAUAGAUAUUUCUGACUUCGCUCGUCGAAUUGAGUGCCCGUUGCCUCCUGAUAUGUCUUGCGCUAUCUGUUUGCUUCCGCUGGCGGGAGCUGCGAAUAGCGGAGACUGGUCAGCGAGGACCUCUUGCGAUCACUAUUUCCAUGAUGGCUGUUUGAGCAACUGGAUUAAUGAGAGUGCGCAGGCUAACAGCCAUCGAUGUCCAUGUUGUCGCACGGAAUUGUGCGAUAGACGCGAGCGUCGCCCGAUUGAUGAUUAGAACAGCUGAGAAAUGACCCUGAUCUACUGUUCUGAACCUUGUUUGAGCACUCAACCUGAUACUUCAACGGCGUCCGGACUUUCG